AUGGAUGGAUGGAUGGAUGGAUGGAUGGAUGGAUGGAUGGAUGGAUGGAUGGAUGGAUGGAUGGAUGGAUGGAUGGAUGGAUGGAUGGAUGGAUGGAUGGAUGGAUGGAUGGAUGGAUGGAUGGAUGGAUGGAUGGAUGGAUGGCUAAGCACUAGAUGGAUUAAUGUAUAUUCAUUUGACUUUGACUUUGACAUGUCAUUUCUUCAACUUAUUUUAAAUUUGUCUUUAAAAUUUUUCCUAACACUAGUUUUAUUUCCCCUCCAAAUGGCUUUUUUUCUCUCCCCUAUUUCCUUUUUGCCUUUCCUCCCACUUCUCUUCACCCUAGCCUGGACACCUCCUCCCCAUUGGAUCGCGAGAACACCUCACUCAGCUGUCACCUCUCUCAACCCAUAUUGA